GAGAGAGAAAGCCUGAAGGAAGGGAGCAGACGGGACAGACGACAGGAGGAAGACGCUGACGCACAAUCAAAACCCCACAAGAAAAAUGCCCAAUUUUGAAGGUACCUGGAAAAUGAAAAGCAGCGAGAAUUUCGAGGAGCUGCUCAAAGCACUCGGUGUGAAUCCCAUGCUGAGGAAGGUAGCGGUGGCUGCUGCAUCCAAGCCCCACGUGGAGAUAAGGCAGAACGGCGAGCACUUCUACAUCAAGACUUCAACCACCGUCCGCACCACGGAGAUCAACUUCCUCAUUGGAGAGGAGUUCAAUGAGGAGACGGUGGAUGGGAGAAAGUGUAAGAGCUUGGCCACUUGGGAAACAGAAAACAAGAUUUACUGCAAACAGACUCUACUGAGUGGGAACGGCCCAAAGACCUUCUGGAGCCGAGAACUCAAAGGGGAUGAACUCAUCCUGAUCUUUGGAGCAGAUGAUGUGGUGUGCACGAGGAUCUACGUACGAGCAUAGAAGAAGUCCACGUCCCACAGAAUUCAGAUGUCCUCAAAUACUCUCUUCGUGUCUGUACCACCAACGUGAGAUAAUUCACCUAAAAAACUACAUCUCAAAUAAUCUGUUUUGCAUACUGGAUAUUACUGCUUUUCUUGUAUAUAAUUUUUCUAGCAUUGGAAAUUAAAGCAUCAAAAACAAUA